AUGGCCACCAACAAGCUCACCAAGGUCAACCAUGCGGCCGGCAUCUUCGCCGACAUGUCGGUCGACGGGCCGCCCAUCGGCACCCUCGUUGCCAUCAUUGAUCGCGCGAAGAAUCUACCCAAUCGCAAGACCAUGGGGAAGCAAAACCCCUACUGCGCUGCACGACUUGGCAAGGAAGCAAAGAAGACUGCAACAGAUAUGCGAGGUGGACAAACCCCGAGAUGGGACUUUGAACUACGCUUCACCGUACACGAGUCCCCGGACUACUUCAAACUGAAGGUUUCCGUGUUCAACGACGACAAAAGGACUGACCUGAUUGGUGAAACCUGGGUUGACUUGCACAACUUGAUCAUCCCAGGAGGAAGCCAGAAUGACCACUGGCAUACGCUGCAAUGCCGGGGCAGAUAUGCUGGAGAGAUUCGGAUCGAGAUGACCUAUUAUGACACCCGCGAGCAGGAUGAGAUGGUCAUUGAGCGACGAAAGGUGGCAGCGGAGAGAGUUCAGGGGAAGCCUGCCAGCUUAUCCGGACCGGGUUCCUCGGGCGUGUCCGGCCCUCGUCAAUUGGAAAAGGUCAAGCGACGUCCUUUGCCAACCGAUCCAACAGGAGCUCCUGCAAGACCGGCCACCCUUGAGAAAACUCAAUCUGCUCCGCCACCGUUGCAUCACCCAAUACCGUCACGGCCCGUCGUGAAGGAGCAUACCAGCUCCAUGCCUCCCGUCGGGGGUUCAGAUAGUCUUCCUCAUGCUCCGAGACACGCAGAGCCUCUUUAUGACGCACCACCUUAUAGCGCCUCGUCGGCCAGUCUCCCCCCUCCUCGAGGCGGAUACGAUGCGCCAGAAGAUUACCACGAUAUUCCACAACCGGCUCCAAUGCUUCCUCCGGCAGGAAUGAUUCGUCGAACUGCGCAGGAACUUCCCUAUCCCUCCGACACCCCGUUUGACUCUCGUCCGCAAGAGCCACCAAAUCAUCAUGACUUUGGGCCCCCUCGAGACUACCGGCCUUCCCCGCAUGAGAUGGAUGGGCAUGCGAGGAAUUUUUAUGAGCCCGGGUCUCGAAGUCACGGUGGUACAGGGCAUACGGACCAACCCUACCACCCUGAAAACAAUCAAUAUGGUGCAAUCACAAACCAUUCGCCGCAAGCACCUCCAGGCUACGGUCAUGAACUGCCGCCCUCUGAUUUUGGCCGUCCCACUUCCUCUUCGGGGCCGGCAGACGAUUCUCGGUAUCACUUGCAGAAUGCCAGACAGUACCAUCCAGAGUACGCGAAUAUGCAGCCACGUGUCGAGGAUGAAGAAGAGGAUGGGCCCCCUCCUCCACCACCCGUUCAUCGAUCUCGGAUGGCACAGCCAGCCAGGUCGCUUGUCGGACCACCAGCCGGAUCUCCUUUCACACGUUACCCUCCUGACUACGUCGGUCAGUCAAGAUCACAACCAAAUCCUAUGCCACUCAACAUAUCGCCGUCUUCAGGCCGAGGAGUCCCCCAAGACAUGCCUCCAGUUGAGGAUGGCGCAGUCAUGCCACCCAGUCUAGUGGCAGGGUAUGAUCCUAUAAUAGCCGAUGACGAGUCCGAGCGGGCAAUUCACGAAAGGCGGGCAAUCCAUAGACGCAGUUCGCACUUUGACGACGAGAUGAUGAUUUCUCAAGCAGCCUCAUCCGCGCCCGUAACGGCACCAAUGACGUACGGAGCUCCCAUUCAUCCUUUGCGGACAUCUCCACAGCCCGUGAAUGAGCGACCCACUUCCAGCAGAGGCGGAUCAGCCAGUCCAGACACACGGACUGUGACUCGGAAAUCAGUCAGUCCGCAGCCGCCAUCCAUCAGUGACCGUGGUAGCAAUUCCUCCAUUCCAUACUCUCCCGACUCCUUCAAUGCCCUGAAUCCCAAAAGUUCCCGUGCAGGAAGCCGAGACCUUUCACCCGCAUACGACUCUCCCACUAAAGCGCGGGCUGAAAGCGAACCACCUCAGCACACUGGGCCCAUCAUUGGUGACGAUGGCCGCGAGAUUGAUCCGUCAGACCAUCUACCCACGGAUACCUGGGCCCCUGAGCCGGAGAAGAAGAACCGCAAGCCUGAGGUCAUCAUCCGCUUCAAGCAUUCGGCAAGGCCAAGCUCCCGGGAUAAUGAAUCUUCUUCCCGCAAUGCCGGACCACCGCGCGUGGGAUUCAAGAGCGUUCCCGACACAGGUAAACGGUACACGCCGAGCCACAUCCGCGCAAGUCCGGAUCCUGUCGAGCGAACUCAACCCCGUGGAGGGGAGAGCUAUGAAAACUACACACACAGUCGUGGCUACAGUACCUCAACCUCCACCCCGACUCACCGACCUACCUCUUCCCACCGAAGUUCCGUAUCUCCAACGCCAGGCUCUCAUUCCUCGAUCUACGACUACAACCAUGGGCCCUCGACCCCGUCAAAGGUCCCUCCCCCAACCUACCCCGUCAUGCCCAGUAAUCCGAACAGCGGCCACCCAAGCAUGGAUGCUCUCAGUCGAGAACUUCAGAGCAUCAACAUUGGGUCAGCGGGAUGCAGCCCCGGGCGUGGUGCGACUCGAAAGUAUGCGCCCAGGCCGUCGGUCACCAUGGGCUAUGCCAACUAA